AGAACUUCAACAUGUCUGCAGGUGUUCAGAUUCACAGUAUCCCCAAGUCAGACUCAAAUGGCGUACGGCUAAAUAAAAUCUCGAGUUAUCUGACUCAAAACAAGACAUUCGGUGGCGCUCAAGCUAUGCUCUACGCUGCUGGCCUAUCGGAUGAAGAUAUGAACAAGGCGCAAAUUGGAAUUUCUUCUAUGUGGUGGGAAGGCAACCCCUGCAACACGCAUUUACUUGAUCUCGCACGAGAAGUAAAGAAGGGUUGUGAAGAUGAAGGCCUUGUGGGAUUGAUUUUCAAUACUAUCGGAAUUAGUGAUGGCAUUACUCAAGGAAACGAUGGAAUGCACUAUUCACUUCCAAGCAGAGAUUUGAUCGCGGACUCGAUCGAAUCCGUUGUCAUGGCACAACACUUUGACGGGAACAUUGCAAUACCAGGAUGCGACAAGAAUAUGCCCGGGUGCCUCAUGGCUGCAGCGCGCCAUAAUCGCCCUACCGUCAUUAUUUACGGAGGAACUAUCCAGGCUGGCGUAAGGCAUUUAGACUGUCCUGCACUGGGGUAUAAGAAGGGUGAUACAGCCAAUAUAUCUGACGCUUUCGAGUCAUUCGGUGCAUAUACUGUCGGAAAGAUCACGGACGAAGAGAGGUUCGAUGUUGUGAGACAUUCAUGUCCUGGAGCAGGUGCCUGCGGAGGCAUGUAUACGGCAAACACGAUGAGCACGGCUCUCGAAGUCCUCGGAAUGACUUUACCGUAUUCUUCCGGCAUUCCAGCGAAAUAUCCAGAGAAGAUGCAAGAAUGCAGAAGAGCAGCAAAGUAUUUGAAGACUCUACUGGAAAAGGACAUUAAGCCAAGGGAUAUUCUGACGAGAAAUUCGUUCUUGAAUGCCGUUGUGGUGACGAACGUGAUAGGAGGAUCCACCAAUUCCGUCCUCCAUCUUCUUGCAAUGGCAAGGGCGGCGGAUAUCCACCUAACCAUUAAUGACUUCCAGGAGAUAGCAGAUCGUACCCCAUUCUUGGCUGACCUCAAGCCGUCCGGGAAGUAUUAUAUGGAAGAUCUGCAUAGAGCAGGGGGCAUCCCCGCUGUGAUGAAAUAUCUCCUCACUCACACCAACCUGCUCGACGGCAGCCAAAUGACGGUCACGGGAAAAACCUUGGCUGAGAACUUGGCCGAUAUCCCAGAGCUGAACUUCGAAACUCAGAAUGUUGUCAGGCCGUUGGAGAAUCCGAUAAAAUCAACUGGCCAUAUUACAAUUAUGAGAGGAAGCCUUUGCCCUGGGACUGCUGUAGCGAAAUUGACGGGUAAAGAAGGCUAUCAUUUUGAAGGUACGGCGAAGUGCUUCGACAGCAUCGAUGACUUCUAUCCUUCCCUUGCCGCCGGUGAGAUCGUCCCAAAGACGGUCGUCAUAUUCCGAUACCAAGGGCCGAAAGGUGCGCCAGGGAUGCCAGAGAUGCUUGGGCCGACUGGUGCGAUAAUGGGAGCGGGACUCGGUUCGUCUGUUUGUUUGAUCACGGAUGGAAGGUUCAGCGGGGCGUCCCACGGUUUCAUCAUAGGCCAUGUUGUACCUGAAGCACAAGUCGGCGGACCCAUUGCCCUGGUCCAUGACGGCGACAAAAUCGUUGUCGAUGCGAAGGCACGGACGAUCGACUGGACAGUCGAUGAAGAGACGAAGAUUCAGCGCCAGAAGGAAUGGGAAGCAGCUGAACACCCGCUGAAAGUGAAGCGAGGUGUGCUAUUACGCUACGCUCGAGAUGUUGAGCCCGCGAGUGUUGGUGCAUAUUGUGAUUGAAGGACCUCCAGACGAAUUAACGUUGGAGGGAAACGCUUUCUGGUGAAGUGCAAAGUUCAUGCAAAGUCUUGUAUAGUAUGGAUUACAAUCAAUCCUAUCCUCGAAGUAAAACGGUUAUAUAUUAUGAGAUAGCACCCGAAUAUAAAGUUAGAUGUGAUUAUAGCAGAACGUUCAUAAAUCGUUACGAGCGACGUGAGGGUGGGUAUGUAUGCUCCCGACUGGCGUUAGUAGUGGCAGGUGGAUUAGAGACAAAGUCAACGUCGUUGACGUCGUCUCGUCUCGAAGCAUCUCCGUUUGGAGGAGGAGAUUUGUUAGAAGAUCGUUGGGACAUCGCUACGGAUACGAUUGUCGACAAACGAUGGAAAGCAGGAUGCGUCGGUGUUGAUACACUUUGUGGAGAUGCGCACAUUUCAUCUUGCACGAGAAUAGUUGGAGUGACUAGUUGUUCGUCUUGUUCUCGUGGAGAAGGAGAUUCGGGUGCCGACGUAUGUCGUCUUCUGGGUGGUACACCUUCGUCCCUUGCCUUGCCCUUCUCCCGACUCAAAGACUUCGAUCGUCGCCGCCUCUUCCACCACUUCUGUUUCUCCGGUACAACGAUCCGCUCGCCAGGUAGGUGGCUUCCCUGUAGCACAGCUGGGUCUGGCGGUACGAUGAACUCAGCUGCGCGUUGUUCCUCCUCUUCCGACAAUUUGCCACCUUGUCCCACUCUCUUGUAACGUCGUUUUCGUCGGAAACGUUUCACGAGUAUCACGAUGAGUGCAACGAGCCAUGCAACGCCGAUGCAAGUACCGGAAAUUGCACCUGCAAUGAUAGGCGUAAGGGCCUUCUGACCAUUUGGAAGUGCUGCGGCUUCAGAAGAGUUCUCUGCGCGAGCUUGAAGUGUGCUUGUGCCCUGGUAAUAUUCAUUAUUUGUACCUUCGCCUGUGCCCCGGAAAGCAGGCAUGCUCAAGAAGAAGUACAACCCUCAGCGAUGCCCUGAAGGACGGGAUAAAAUACAAUUAAAAGAUAGAGAAACGUGUGCGCAGCUG